AUGCUGCUAUGCAUCCAGGCCCACCACCCCAAGUCUAUAGAAGGCCUACACCCCCACCAGACGAUGGCGGAGAGGAAGAGGAACAUGCUGGCGACAGCACAGCCAUCUCCUCACACUGCAUCCAGGUAUGUGGUCCAGAGCGAACAGCAAGAUGCUGCUCGAAGAUCUGUCUGGUACAAAUAUACCCUCAAGGACAAUGUCAGAAGGCAACCAACAUUCCUCUACGGCCUGUUCGGUCGCCAGAGGGGUUCCAUCCUCGCUGUUCGCAGCCCUGCUGGCCGAAGCAUUCGAAUGCCCACGGUCCCCGGUUCCCGAGUGCCCACGGUCCCCAGUUACCGAGUGCACACUGUUCACUGUCCCCUAGUGCCCACGGUCCCCAGUCCCCCAGUACCCACUGUCCUCAGUUCCCCGACCAUCGUCUCCAUACCUAGCUCUCAUCCCCAGUCAACUGGCUUCACCACUCGGUUCCCUCUUCACGGCUCUCCACUUCAUCCUGCCUUCGCUCCCGCUUCCAGCCUUCCCUUCUUGGACUCUCCCUGUUCCCCGGACUUCAGUGUCUCCUCCUCAGUUCCCUCGGCCCUGUUUUCCCCGCGCUCCCCGAGCUCCCUCGUCAUCCUACCUCAGCCCUCUUAUCCCUCGCCAUUCUACUCCAGCUCUCAGGUCCCUCACCAUCCUAUCCCAGCCCUCGCCAUCCUACCUCAGCCCUCUUAUUUCUCGCUGUCCUUACUCCAGCCCUCAAGUUCCUCACCAUCCUGUCCCAGCCCUCGCCAUCCUACUCCAGCCCUCAAGUCCCUCACCAUCUUAUUCCAGCCUUCGUCAUCCUUCCCCAGCCCUCGUCUCCUCGCUCCUGUUUUUGGCGUCCUCCCCACACCUCCUUCCUUUCCUUUGUUAAAUAUACCUGAUUUUGUGUUGAACAUUGCAUUUGGGUCUGUUGUGUAUCCCAGCGUAACAUAA